UUAUAUUGCCGUAAUUUUGUAUUUGUAAGACUUUAAUCUUCGCUGUCAUUCUAAGGAAAAUCCUUACGUAAAAUUUAAGUUUGCAUCAAUCAUAGAUCUCUACGGUAUAAAUGGACAUAAUACCACAUUUCUUAUCAAAUUAUAAGCAAUCUUGAAUGUUUUAUGUAAAUACGAACAACAAUGGCUGAACACGUAGCUGGGAAAAAAAGAUACUACACUGAUGAUGAAGAUUACAGAAUAUUAACAUACAUCAACAAAGUUAAGAAGAGUGCCAGUGGCGAGAGUUUGGGCUUACAAGGGAGGGUAAUCUGGAUUGAUAUGAUGAAAAAAAAUAUACUGCCUGGUAGAUCAUGGAAGAGUUUAAGAAACAGAUAUGAAAAUUACCUCAAGAAGAUUGAACUAACAACCAGUGGUAAUUAAACUUAAUAUUUAGGAAUAAACUCACAUCAUCUCUAAAUUUCUUGAAAACUCAAGCGUAAUUUGAAAUUUCAUUUUAACAGAAAAAAACAUAUGUUUUUCAUGGCUUCUGCAACCUUGAGUUUGGUUUUGAUUGUCAAAAACACAUUUUUAACUGUCAUUUUUGUAAUCUCUUGAUAACAGAUGAGGAAGAAAGUGA